AUGGCUCAACGCAUACUUCAUUGCCGCAAACGAAGGAGACAGGACAAAGCGGCCUUAAGGGCUCGAUUAGUCUUGGAUGAUCAUAUUAAUGAUAACAUCGGCUUACUUUCCGAGGAUUUAUUCACAGAAUUGUUCCAACAGAACAUACCUGAUAGUGAAAACUAUGUGAAAAAAGAUAUCCUUGAACCUUUUUAUGUUGCCAUAAGCUCGAGUGGAUCAUCUACUGCAAUAGAAGAUGCCUCAUGGUGCAUCGUUCCUAUAAUACCCUCCAAAAAUACGAUUAAUUCAUCGGUAAAAUUCUCGUCCAACUCAACUGCCCUUCAAAGCAUUGCAAAGACAUUUCACAAGCUCGCACCAUCGAAUUUAUCAGGCUAUGGAAGAAACGGAAUUGAGGUUAGGAUUAUCGAUGCGAUUCCUCUGACUUUGGACAGGGUUUAUGUCUCUAUCGAGAGAGAUUCCACUAAAAGACUCGAGAACGGUGAAGGUACUUUCUACGACGGCCAUUCACGAAUAAAUUCUACCUCAGAGCCGCUAUUGGAUUCUAUCAGAAGAGCCUUGGGCACCUUGACAAUUGUUCACACUGGAGAUUUGUUUGCCCUUCCUCUGCAGCCUCACCCAAUUACACACGUGUUCCCGCCUCCAGCGAAAGUAAAUUAUUGCGAACCGGUCGGACAGGGACUCCUGUCUCCACACACCAAAAUAAUCCUCUCACAGUCCGGAUCUCGGAAUAAAAGCAGUUAUUUUACUAAUUCAGUACUCAUACCACCAAUACCAGGUAGAAUUAUCGAAGAGGACGAAGAUACAUCAAAUGACCAGUUCUUCUCAGCAGCGGAAGACUGUAACAAAUCUGACAUUGGAGUCGAACCUAGCUCUGGCCUAGAUACCGAAACAGAGGUAUCAAGCACAGAAAAUGAUGAUUUCUCAGAUGAUUCAAUUGAAAAUAUGAUCUCAUUACAAGUUCCACUUAUUUCGACACAAAGUACCAGUGGACUAUCGACGGUGCAACCAGGGACGCCUCGCACUGUAAUAUUUGGAGGAAAUCCUGAUGGUCUUAACACUCCCGGAACUAUUGUAUCAACAUUUACCUCCAACACAGUUAGAGGAUAUAAUUCCAAAGGGGUGUUAUUCAAGACGCAAGCCUUGAUGAGACCUGUUGAAGAAGAGUUAAUACACCCAAAACCUCUGGUUGAUGAUGACGAAGAGGCAAGGAUAUUUGUUGAGAUUCGUUCAUUGCCUAAAAUAGGAUGCUUCUCUGGCGAUUGGGUGCGAGUUGAGUUGGUAACAGAAGCUGAGGUUUCAGCACAAAGAACUAAUCUUUAUUCGACAGAAAUGAACAAGAUAUGUGGAAAUGAAGUUGCACAAUGGCGACCCGUCAAGGUAUUUGGAUUGCCCGAGAAAUAUUCGCGCCGUCCGGCAUCUAAAAUAUCAAAUAUGCGGCAGGGUUGUAGAAGAACGUCCUUCUUCCAGUCACAGGCUCAAAUAACUUCUAGUCCAACUGUUUACCUCUCGCCAAUUCUUUUGGCAAACAUGUCUCAUAUUUCACAUUGUAGAAUAUCUUCUCUCAAACAGAACCUUCAGCUUGGUAGAAACUCGAUGCCAAAAAUAACAGGCACAUCUAGACCACCUUUUGUACGGGACUUAGCUCUCGUCAAAAUAUCAACCCCAUUUUCUACUGAGCGCCCUCUUCAAAACGUACAGUUUAUAGGUCUUCAGCGAUAUUUUGCGAAUAAGACUCGAAUUGUAAAGCAAGGUGAUAUUGUUGCCAUCGGCAUCGAUGAAACCCUUGGUCGAACAUUAUACCAACCCGGUACAAAUGAUGAUGUAGAGAAUGAUGACAUCCUGAGGUGUUAUAAUUACGACGAUACAAGACCAAACAAACUCGGUAGACCUACCGGUGUAGCGUGGUUUAGAAUUAACUAUGUUGGGAACGCCAGGGAAGCUGACGAAACAAGAAAUGAUGAUAGUAUCUGGGGUGGAAUCGCCUCAGUUGAUGCAUCUUCCACUCGUAUCUCACAAUUAGGAAGUGAGAACUGUCGAUUACCAGGAAGUCUGGAGAAUCCAUGGGAAUAUUACCUUGGUUUAAAAAACCUUACUUCUUCUCAAAAUAAUUUUAUUUCUGUUCCAAAAUUAAGAGACUCACCUGCCUCAGCCUUACAGCGUCGCUUACGAGAACUUAUAGCUGCUGCUAUGAGCCCUUACACCAUGCAUUUGCAGGCAAGCCCUCUCGCUAUUCUUCUCGUCUCGACCCAAAGAAAUAUUGGAAAAUCUACUCUCGCCCAACGUGCCUUUGCAGAUAUGGGUCUCCAUUGCUUUAUUAUUAAUGCGUACGAAAUAUUAAGUGAGGGUGACGCUAGUAACGAUAUUAAAACGGCUGGUUUACUUGAAGCACGGGCGGAGAGAGCUAUGGCAUGUGGCUCCAGCUAUUGUGGAUUAUUAAUUCGCCAUAUAGAGGCAUUUUCGGCCGACCGAAUGAUUUCAAGCCUCCAGACAAUAGUUGAGGGCGUCCGGAUUCUAAUCGCCACGACUACUGAAGUCGAAAAAAUACCCGACAUGAUGCGUGGACUAUUUACUCAUGAAAUAGAAAUGAUAGCCCCCGAUGAGUUAGAGCGCGAGAAUAUUCUACAGGAUAUUACUGAAAGUCAGACAGUUCCACUAGCGCCAGAUGUUGAUCUCAGAUCCAUUGCGGUGAAAACUGCAGCUCUAGUUGCUGGAGACCUAGUCGACCUUGUCGAUCGUGCUAUUGUUGCACGAUUGGAAAGAUUGGAAAAGCUAGUGUCGGAUUUCAGCAGUAGUAGUUAUAGUAUUACCAUUCGAGAUAUAAUCGUUGCUGGCGGCAGUUUUGGGCGGUGUCUUAUCCGAGAAGAUUUUAAUGUCGCAGUGGAUGCUGCCCGCAAGAAUUUUGCAGACGCUAUUGGCGCUCCAAAAAUCCCAAAUGUAAGUUGGAAUGAUGUAGGCGGAUUGACUCACGUCAAGGAUGCUGUUAUGGAAACAAUUCAGCUGCCACUAGAACGACCAGAAUUGUUUGAGAAAGGAAUGAAGAAAAGAUCUGGUAUUUUAUUCUACGGGCCACCUGGAACUGGGAAAACACUUCUCGCCAAAGCUAUUGCCACCGAAUUCAGUCUUAACUUUUUCAGUGUCAAAGGGCCUGAGCUUCUCAACAUGUAUAUUGGAGAGUCUGAAGCAAACGUGCGUCGUGUUUUUCAACGAGCGCGAGAUGCUCGUCCUUGCGUUGUUUUCUUCGAUGAGCUAGACUCCGUUGCACCGAAGCGUGGUAAUCAAGGUGAUAGUGGAGGUGUGAUGGACCGAAUUGUUUCUCAGCUUCUGGCUGAGCUUGAUGGUAUGUCGGAUGGUGACGAUAGUGGAGGUGGUGUAUUUGUGAUCGGCGCGACUAAUCGUCCUGACCUACUUGACGGAGCCUUACUACGACCUGGGCGAUUUGAUAAAAUGCUAUAUCUCGGUGUCAGCGAUACACAUGAGAAGCAGCUAACUAUCAUCGAAGCACUAACACGAAAAUUCACUCUCCACCCCACUCUCUCCCUUCAAAAUAUCGUCACAAAUCUCCCUUUCACUUAUACGGGCGCCGACUUCUAUGCCUUGUGCUCGGAUGCCAUGCUCAAGGCUGUCAUGCGCCAAUCGUCUCUCGUCGAUGCCAAAAUUUCGGAAAUAAAUCGCAUUCAGGCAUCCUCUGGACUACCUAAAAUAUCUACAGCCUACUUUUUUGACCACUACGCUAAAAGCGAAGACAUUUCUGUCAUGGUAACAGAAGGAGAUUUCUGGGCUGCGCAGAAAGAACUAAUCCCCAGCGUGAGCAUAAAAGAACUCGAGAAUUAUGAGCGAGUUCGUGCUCGCUUCGAAAAGGUCGAGAAAAAGGUAGGCUCCGCUACACCGGAUAAAAAGGGAAAAGGCAAAGAAAUUAUCUCAGAGGUAUAG